AUGCUUCCGCUACGUCGACGUGGUCGCUUCUACACCAUAAUCUCCGUCUUUCUGGUGUUCAUCCUCUACCGAUACCUCCAGAACUCAUGGGCACAAUCGGCCGAAUACAAUGCGAUACAACAGCCUCCAGUACCGCCUCCAGUCGCUCAGCCCCCACCGGUUAUUGAAGGCUCUAAGGAAGCCUUUGAGCCCGCCGUUGUACCGCCGGUGCUAGAGCUGCCAAAUUCUGAAGGCAAGGACUCGGAUUCCAUCCCGAGGCCCGCCGUACCCCAGGGAGACAGCAACUUGCCUGAAAAGGUUGAGAUCAGCGAGGACAAGACUCUUCCAGAGAGCAAUGAGGCUAUCAACGAAAAGGUCGAGACUGCUGGCGAGACUCUUCCCGAUCCCGAGAAGCCUGCCCAAGAAAACGCCCAAGCUCAAGCCAAUGCCGGCACCGAAGGAGUCAAGAAGCCCGAGGAACAGACCUCUCCCGAGACACCUCCCCUACAGGUCAAGGAUCCGCCCGUUACAGCCGAUAACCCAGAUCAGCCUCGCGUCAACGUUGAUGGUUCCAAGAUUCACUGGACCAAGCCCAAGGAGAACUUCCCUCUCCCCGCCGAGUCCAUCAUCCCCAUCCCAACUGGCACAGCCCCCGACAUGAAUAGAAUCCAAUUUGACUUCCAACUCGAGGAUGAAGGAACCAGGAAGGUCCGCCUUGAGCGAAGGCAGCGUGUCAAGGCGGAACUGGUACGUGCUUGGGCUGGUUAUCGCAAGUAUGCCUUUAUGCAUGAUGAGCUCUUGCCUCUGUCCAUGGGGUUCCGCGAGACCUUUGGUGGCUGGGGUGCAACUCUCGUUGACUCGCUUGAUACACUCUGGAUCGCCGAUAUGAAGGAAGAGUUUGAUGAGGCUGCCAACGCUGUUGCCAAGAUUGACUUCACUUUUACCGAUCGCAACGAUAUCCCCGUUUUCGAGACCACAAUUCGUUAUUUAGGAGGACUUAUCGGCGCCUACGAUGUCAGUGGCGGUCCAAACGGCAAGUACAAGAUCUUGCUUGACAAGGCCGUUGAGCUUGCCGAGAUUCUCAUGGGAGCCUUUGACACGCCUAACCGCAUGCCUCUUCUCUAUUACCGGUGGCGCGCUCCUUACUCGUCUCAGCCUCACCGCGCCAGCGUUGUCAGCAUUGCAGAGCUUGCAUCACUCUCGAUGGAGUUCACACAUCUCGCCCAACUCACGGGCGAGGCCAAGUACUAUGAUGCCGUUGCCCGCAUUACCAACGCCCUCGUCAAGAUGCAAGAGGACGGCACCGAGAUUCCGGGUCUUUUCCCUGAGAAAAUCAAUGCUUCGGGAUGCAACAAGACAGCGGCUACUCUCAAGCAGUCACUUAGCAAGGAGGCGCAGGGACAGGUUGAAGGUGCCGACCUGACCAAGCAACCUCAAGGCUUCAUCCCUGGGGGUGACAAGCAGCAGGCUGAUGCAGUAACCCCUGCACAAAUGCCUCAGGCGGAUAGCCGCUGGGAAGAUAAGCUGCGUCGCCGUGAUGCGCCUCCGGCGCUCCCUGUGCUUAACGAGCCAUACAAGGUUGAAGAGCAGGAAGAGUCCAAGCCUGUUACUAACCAGCCCCCGCCUCUCGCUGCCGACGGGACUUCAUUGAACUGGGAGUGCGAGCCUCAAGGUCUUGUUCCUGGUUCCUAUGCAUAUGGCCAAUUUCACAUGGGAGGCGCACAGGACUCGGCGUACGAGUAUUUCGCCAAGCAAUACCUUCUCCUGAAUGGUCUCGAGCCUAAGUACCGCAAGCUCUACGAGGAUACUAUUGAUGCAAUCAACGAGUGGCUGCUCUACCGCCCUAUGGUCAAGGAGGAUGGCUGGGACGUCUUUUUCACCGGAAAGAUGACCACUUCCAAGAAGGGCGACAGCGAAUGGUCCAAGUCAUAUGAAAUGACGCAUCUUACAUGCUUCAUCGGUGGCAUGUACGGACUGGGUGGCAAGAUUUUUGGACGUGACGGCGACAUCGACAAGGCAAAGAAGCUAACUGAUGGCUGCGUGUGGGCUUACCAGUCUACUCCUACUGGCCUCAUGCCCGAGUACGCUCACCUGGUUGCAUGCCCCGCCCUAGAGAAGUGUCCAUUCAAUGAAUCGACAUGGUAUGAGGACCUUGACCCGUCCUUGGAAUGGCGCCAGAACCAACUCUCCAAGUGGAAGGAGGGUGAGGAGCAGCAAAAGCUUGUUGAGAAGGCUGCCCCUGAAGUUGCUAAAGAGCCGCACAGGCCUGAUGACCUGAGCACUGGCUCUGAGCCCGUUGUCAAGGCUGAGGGUGCUCCAGCUGCUGGAGAGGGACUCUCGAAGCCUGUCAAGCGAGCUGGUAUCCCUAUGCCUGAGCUGGACCGAUCAAUGGAGGAGGACGACUCGGAGUUUGGAUCAGAGCUUCCUGACUCUCUUAAGGCGAAGUUGGGUCUGAACAAGGACGAGACUGAAAAGACUGAAUCGAGCGAGGCCGAAUCGGACAAGAAGCCGGCAGCUGCGCAAGAAGGAACCAGCACCAGUGGCGGACAAGUCCCUGCCGUGCCGGACAGCUUUGCGAACAAGCAUGCCGAGCAAGUCGCAGCUCCUAACAACCAGCCACCAGAGAAGCCCCUGUCUCAUGAGGAGUUUGUCAAGGCCAAGCUUGAGAGGGAAAAUCUUCCCCCAGGAUACACCGACAUUAUCAACAAGUCGUAUAUCCUCCGACCUGAGGCAAUUGAGUCUGUUUGGUACAUGUACCGUAUUACAGGCGACACUACGUGGAUGGACAAGGGUUGGAAGAUGUUCCAGGCCACGGUCACGGCGACUCGGACAGAGUUUGCCAACAGUGCUAUUAACGACGUGCUGAACAACGCAGAGCCUGGCUUGAAGGAUGAGAUGGAGAGCUUCUGGAUUGCCGAGACUCUCAAGUACUAUCUCCUCCUCUUCUCCGAGCCCAGUCUCAUCAGCCUUGACGAGUGGGUGCUCAACACCGAGGCACACCCUUUCAAAAGGCCAUCCUAA